AUGAAACCUCGGUCACCUUCGGAGCAGCAUCACGGGAAACGACCCCGUGUCCCUCCCGCAGCUGCCUCCACGUCGCCGCAAGACGCAAUGGAGGACACAACGCCGCCCAAUCCGCGGGAACUCACCCAAAACCCGCUGAAGAAAAUCUGGAUGCCGUGUAAAAACGGCCUUCCCGAGAGGCACAUUUCUCAAAGGAAGGUAUGCAUGACUAACUGCCCGACCCUGAUUGUGACAGUGGGCCUUCCAGCAAGGGGGAAGACCUACAUCUCAAAGAAGCUAACUCGCUAUCUGAACUGGAUAGGGGUUCCCACUAGAGAGUUCAAUGUGGGACAAUAUAGGAGAGAGUGUGUAAAGAUCUAUAAGUCCUUUGAGUUCUUCCGUCCAGACAAUGAGGAAGGGUUAGCGAUCAGAAGACAGUGUGCUUCGGCAGCUUUGAAUGAUGUACGACAGUACCUUACGGAAGAAGGUGGCCAAGUUGCGGUUUUUGAUGCAACAAACACCACCAGAGAAAGGAGAAAAACCAUCAUUGAGUUUGCAGAGCAGAAUGGCUUCAAGGUGUUCUUUGUAGAAUCUGUGUGUGAAGACCCAGAUGUCAUCCAGGAGAACAUUGUGCAAGUGAAGCUGGGCAGUCCUGACUAUACUAACUGCAACACUGAGGAGGCGGUAGAAGAUUUUAUGAAGAGGAUAAAGUGUUAUGAAAACUCUUAUGAGACCCUGGAUGAGGUCUUGGACAGGGAUCUCUCCUACAUCAAAAUCAUGGAUGUGGGUCAGCGUUUUUUAGUCAACCGGGUGUUGGACCAUAUCCAAAGUCGGAUCGUCUACUAUCUCAUGAAUAUCCACAUUACACCUCGCUCCAUCUACCUCUGUCGCCAUGGCGAGAGUGAGCUCAAUGUGAAAGGUUGCAUCGGAGGAGAUUCUGGUCUCACACCGCGGGGGAAAGAGUUUGCCAAAAACCUGAGUCAGUUCAUCCAAGCUCAGGGCAUCAAUGACCUGAAAGUCUGGACUAGUCAAAUGAAGAGAACCAUUCAGACGGCCGAGGCUCUUAGCGUGCCCUACGAACAGUGGAAGGUCCUUAACGAGAUUGACGCAGGUGUUUGUGAGGAGAUGAUGUAUGAGGAGAUUCAAGAUAACUACCCUUUGGAAUUUGCACUGAGGGACCAGGACAAGUACCGUUAUCGCUACCCUAAAGGAGAGUCCUACGAGGACCUGGUGCAGCGUCUGGAGCCGGUCAUCAUGGAGUUGGAGCGGCAGGAGAAUGUGCUGGUCAUCUGUCACCAGGCCGUCAUGCGGUGUCUUCUGGCUUACUUCCUGGACAAGACUGCAGAGGAGCUACCCUACUUGAAGUGCCCACUGCACACAGUGUUGAAGCUCACUCCGGUGGCCUACGGCUGUAAGGUGGAGUCGAUCGGCCUCAACGUAGACGCUGUCAACACACACAGAGAGAAACCGGAGAACGUAGAGGUGUCACGGAUGUCAGAGGAGGCUCUGCUAACAGUGCCAGCUCACCAAUGA